AAAUAGUGUACUGACAAUAUUUUUUAAUGGCAGUAUGACUCGUAGUUGUCAUUCGAUUCAGCCUUCAUUACGACGUUUUUCUAUCAUGGCGGCCGCCGUCGGUAGGAUUUGUGGGGCACGUCUUUUGAAAAAUUAUGGCAUAGUUUCUCCCCAGGUUUGUCAGCUGUCCACCAGCGCUCAAGGAUGGACAAGGAACAGAAAACUGUGGCUCUCAACACUGGGAGUGGUGGGUGGUGGCGUGGGAGCUCUUCUGUUCGCCCUUGAGCAGUCAGUGCAGGCUUCAGGCUCUGAAGCCCACGCCCCACAUCAGCCUUGGAGCCACGACGGGUGGUUCAAAUCAUUAGACCACGCCAGUGUCCGUCGUGGCUACGAAGUAUACAAGCAAGUGUGCAAGGCCUGCCACUCGCUGCAGUACAUCGCCUUCCGAAACCUCGUCGAUGUGACCCACACCGAAGAAGAGGCGAAGGCUGAGGCUGCUGAAGUGAUGAUCAAGGAUGGACCUGAUGAGGAGGGUAACUACUUCGAGAGGCCCGGCAAGCUGUCCGACUACUUGCCUUCUCCAUACCCCAACGAGAACGCGGCAAGAGCAGCCAACAACGGCGCGUAUCCUCCGGAUCUGUCGCUGAUCUGCUCGGGUCGUAAGGGCGGUGAGGACUACAUAUUCGCACUGCUGACCGGGUACAUGGAGGCCCCGGCCGGAGUCAUCCUCCGUGAGGGACAGAACUACAACCCGUACUUCCCUGGCGGCGCUAUUUCCAUGGCGCAAGUACUUUUCGACGAGGCGGCUGAGUACAGCGACGGCACGCCGGCGACGGCGUCGCAGCUGGCCAAGGACGUGGCCACCUUCCUGCGGUGGUGCUCGGAGCCCGAGCUCGACGAGCGACGACUCAUGACCAUUAAGGCCAUCGGCAUGUUCACCAUGCUCGCCGCUGUCAGCUACUACUUCAAACGACACAAGUGGUCCACAAUGAAGUCCAGAAAACUAGCCUACAAACCCGUCUCUAAGAAAUAAACCGCCACCAAAACAUCAGUAGUAUAAACAAACGUUUUAGACAAUUUUUUCGAUAGGCACAGUAACAUGUUAUUUGUUUAUAAUAUUAAAUUAAUUUAUUUUAUAUUUGAUCGCGUUUAUUUCUUUCCUCAAGUUCAUAAUCAUGUUGCUUCGCUGUGACCGCCGUUACCAUACUAUAGGACGUACGCAUCUAGAGCGGGUGAAGAGUAGCCGGGUGCGAUACUUUAUUAUUAUGUAAUAAUAUCGAUUGAUAGAGCAUUUCGUCAUCGCGUAUGUUGGAUGAUGUAGCACAGUCAAAUUACGUAUUAAUCUUACUUAGGUAAUCCGAUUAUAACUGUGCUUGUGAUUUUCCAUUAAAGUUAUAACUGUGAAUCAGUGUACAGUUGAAUAAAUGAGUUAUUGAAAAUCAGAA